ACUUAUUUGCUGGGUGUCAUAAGAAUCUAAUUGGAUACUCGAACACAGCCACAUGUUUAAUUGUACUCAAGAAUAGACUGCCAUUGAGAGGAGGAGUAGACCGCAGAUCAAUUUGAGGAAGUAUGCCGUUGAAUACGGAGUAUGAGAUAUAACCUCAAAAGGCCUCGUUGGCCCAUUCUUACCUGGAAAUAAUACAAAAUGCAAGCUUCAGACGUGAAAAAUGAAAAGAAAAAAUGUAUAUUAUUUAGUCUGGUUUAAAAAAAGAACAAUGUAUAUAUAAUUACAGGCAUUUCACUUAAUUUUUCCUCGUCAAAGAUCGUCAAGAGGUCAUUUAUGAUUUUUCCAGGUUGGUUUGGUGUUUAUAUUUCCCAGGUUGGCCCAAUGUGUGUACGCGGCUUAAUCAUUCUUGAUGAUUUGAUUUCUAAACUAAACUGUCAAUGUCAAGCUAACUGUAUGUUUGAUAAAUAAAAAAAAACUAGACGCCAGUCAAGCCAAGGCCAAGUUAGUUUUAUUGUUUAGGACUUUCUGUGUAAUAAAAAGACUUCGACCAUUGACCAACAAGCGUCCGCAAAAUGAGUGAAAAAUUAAAAGAACUACGAGAGCGAUCACAAAAGCGAAAAAAGUUGUUAGCGCAAACGCUUGGUGUUUCUAGUGUGAGUGAAUUAAGACAUGCAUUAGGUGCUACAUUGGAUGUGCCUCCAAAGAAGGCUGCUACGGCUGAAACCGGUGGAGAGGGAAGCGAUAAAUUAGCUCCUAAAGAACAGCCUGAUGAGCUUGUCUAUACGGAUUCUUCUACAUUUUUGAAGGGCACCCAAUCAUCAAACCCACAUAAUGACUACUGUCAGCACUUCGUGGACACGGGUCAGCGGCCGCAAAACUUCAUCCGUGAUGUGGGUCUCGCGGAUCGCUUCGAGGAGUACCCCAAACUACGGGAGCUGAUCAAGUUGAAGGAUGAUCUGAUCGCACAGACUGCUACGCCACCCAUGUAUCUAAAGUGUGAUUUGAAGACAUUUGACCUGAAACAAAUGGGCAACAAGUUCGACGUGAUACUGGUGGAGCCGCCGCUGGGCGCGGGCUGGCGCUGGCCCGACGUGCAGGCGCUGGACCUGCAGCACAUCGCGCAAGCCAGGUCCUUCAUCUUCCUGUGGUGCGGCAGCUCCGAAGGUUUAGACAUGGGCCGAGAAUGCCUCAAAAAGUGGGGAUUCCGCCGAUGCGAAGACAUUUGUUGGAUAAAGACCAAUAUAAAAAACCCUGGACACUCGAAGAACUUGGAACACAAUGCUGUAUUCCAGCGAACAAAGGAACAUUGUCUCAUGGGAAUAAAAGGCACUGUGAGGAGAUCGGUGGAUGGGGAUUUCAUACAUGCAAAUGUGGAUAUAGAUCUAAUCAUAUCAGAGGAUCCCGAAUUCGGAAGCACUGAGAAGCCGAUUGAAAUAUUUCAUAUCAUGGAGCAUUUCUGUUUGGGACGAAGAAGAAUCCACCUGUUCGGUCGUGACUCGACUAUCAGACCGGGCUGGGUGACCAUAGGUCACGAGUUAACCAACUCCAACUUCAACGCUGAACUAUACGCUUCGUAUUUCACGGACGGGAGGGAAAGUACCGGUUGUACGGAACGAAUUGAGGCGUUACGGCCGAAAAGUCCGCCAAACACAAGCAAAGCCAGGCCGAGAGGCCGAGGCGGGUUCAGAGGAAGAGGCAGAGGCAGAGGCGCCAUUUAGAGGCGUGUUUUAGGUGAAGAGGUUAUAUAUGGAAUAGACAGAGGAUGCGCUACCGAAAUUUGCAAGCGCUUCAUGUCAUUUAUUUACUCUACCCCACCAGCCGGCUUCUAAAGGGGCAAAGUAGAUAACCGUACAAUUCUUAUUGGAAAACACUACAUCAAUUAAAUCGAAACUUUUAAUUUGAAAAAAAGGGAAGAUAAUGAAGGAAAAAUUAAAAAGAUUUAACGAGCCGUGCCCGGUUCUAACGGAGUCCCAUACAUUUAAUUGGCAAAGGUUAUAUUUGAGCAAAGUAAAAAAUAUCACGUAUAUUCUGUCUACAGCAGGCCCUGAGUAUUGAAGCCAACAAUUAAGAUGGGGUUCUGUGAAUUGACUUGUCAUUGUUGUUGCAAGGUUUAAACAAAAAUAUUUAAAUGUUAUCAUUUAUUCAACUCCCUUUUGUUCCACGAAAAAAUGUAUUAAAAGUAAAUUGGGAAGGCGAGAGAACAAAUUUUUUGCCGAAAAACAUUGGCGAAUUGACGAAUCCUCAUAAAAUAUCUUGACUUAUUGUAUUAGUAGAUGUAAGAAUUGAAAAUGUGUUCGUUUAUUUUCUGACAACUAUAUUACUUAUAAUGGAAACAUGUUUUUAUUCAAUA